AUGGAUCUCCAGGAUUCCCAACAGCAGCAGCAGCAGCAGCAGCAGCAGCAACAGCUCCAGCUCCAGCUCCAGCAGCAGGAACAAUAUGGUUACGCAGCGCCGCCAAACGGCUCGAGACCCGCUGUGGUCCGCAAGAAAUUUGCCAAACCGCCUGUCAAAGUGGCCUGUCUAGCCUGUCGGGCUUCUAGAACACGAUGCGACGGUCAGGACCCUUGCACCAAUUGCGCCAACAAGAGCAGAAGUUGUUCCUACUUGCCGAGCAAGAGAGGAGGGCCAAGAAAGAAGAAAAAGGCCGCAGUCUCCCCCGAGGCGACGACUGCUCACGAUCAUUCUCCCCAUCUCAUAGUAGCACCAACUCCCCAUCUGGAUCAAUCCGCAGGAAUGUUCAGUCAGAUCGAUUCUUUCUCGAUGCCUGGAGCCGGCUUGAGGCAUCUUGACUAUUCACCCCAGGUCCAUGAUGUGUUUACGGGAUUCGUUGGGCCCGCGGCAGGUGGCGAGCAACUACAUGUCCCGGUAGGUAUGGGACCGACUCCUUCGCCUCCAAGUCUACCCAUGCAGUAUAUGGUGCGGACGUAUGGGAGCGAGUAUGAAAUAUUGAACGCCUACUAUGACUUCAUUCACCUUUAUUUUCCGAUCCUUCCUCCUUGCACCACACCUCCCUGCCCAGAUCAGCCGCAGAGUUGUACGGGAUCCUCCUCCAGCUCUCCUUCAGGCGAGCCUCGGCUGGUACACAGGCCACGAUCACCUCUCAGCCUGGCAAUAUCUGCCAUCUUAGCCCUGAUCCCACAUCCAAACGACCCGGACCCGUCCAGUGCAGGCUCUGUGCUAGCCCGCCGGACACAUGCAAACUUAUUCGCCCAGAUGGCAGCAUCUGCCGUCGAAGAAGACUGCGAGCUUGUAGAUUCAUCGACCGAUCCGUCACAAGCGUUGUCUGGCGCCAGCCCUCUCAUCGACCGCGAGCCUCUCCAUUCGCGAACUCCCGUUGAACUCGAGUGUAUCCUUGCCCUGCUGAUCCUGUGUAUCUAUGAAUAUUCGCAGCGAGGGAAUUUGAUCAAGAUGAGGUACCGUGCGAGCCAAGCGUUGUCCAUUGCACUUGACAAGUCUCUCCACUCCCUGUGCGAUGAACAUGAUGUAUUUGCAGAGGCAAGGCGGAGAGCUUGGUGGAUGACGUACUACUGUGUUUUACAGGGGUCUAUCGUUAGCGGAACUGCGCCCGCUAUCGUCAUCAAUGACCCUCGAUUUGUGACACCGUACCCCCAUUUUCCGUCAGAUCCUGAGGGGUGGUCAAUCCUGAUACAGGCUCAACAAGUGCUGGUCACGGCGACCCAAUUCGUUGUCGACUUGAGCAAGUGUGUCGCCACGGGAUCAGACAUGCAAUACAUAUACAAGCAAAUGGAGCAUCUGGAAGUGUGGUCUAAGUCUGCGAUGGAGCGGGCAAAUCAGCUUCCUAUAGUCCGAAUCAAUCCUGGAGACCAGGUCGAGUCAGUCACUGCCGAAAGCAUACGAGCAAUAUCGCGGAUCAAAAUCUCGAGUGCCCAGAUUAAGACGCACCGUUUCCGGGCAUUUUCAGACAUCCCCCUCUUCAUCAGGAAACAUUGCGACCUGACCACGACCAAGGCCUAUGGCACAGGCGAAGCUCCCGUCGAAAUCACCCACCUCUCGUGUUCGUGUAGCAACCUGGAGCCGUUUGUCCAUUCGUCAAGUGUGGACAGUUGCAACAAUACCGCCUCCCCCGCUUCUCCUUCCGCAUCCACGCCAUCCACGGACUUUGCCCCUAUCCUCCAACCUCCCGUCACGGCCGAUUUCCCGUUUAGCACCCAGUACUCGGCAAAGGUGUGUCUGCGUGCUGCCCUCGUCGCCGCACAGAUGUUUCACAACCUGCCUGUCCCAAAGCCGACCUCAUACAUCCCCAUUCCCAACUCUCCUACAGCAACACUGCACCUGCAGCUCCCGCGGACAAUGCCAUCCUUUGCUUGCUGUCUGAUGCAAAGCAGCUAUGCCUUGUUCAUGCUCUACUACAAGCUCCGGGUUGCGAAACAACUCUCCCCGGAACUCAAGGGCGAAGGCUACCCCGAAUCGUCCGACAGGGUGGUCGAGGAGCUACAAAGGGGGCUCACCCGUAUCAUGGGUGCCGUCAGCAAUUAUUCGAUUGCGUUCGAAGCCCUGGGUGGUAUGAGAGAUGAAAUUGAGGGCGCUUAUCAAACAGCAUUCAUUGACGCAUAA